CCACGACCGUUCUUCGUCGGGCCUUCCAAUCACUUCAACCUGCCACCCGACUGCCUUGAUUCCCCCGCAAAACAUUGACUUCACACCUGUUUUCACCUCCCAAAGAUUGGAGACACGCGAACGAGUAAACAUCUAUAUCACCUGAAGAAAGUCCCGCGCAACGCGCGCCGAACGAUAGAGACUUGCUUGCAUUCGUCACUUGCACUCCGUCAUAGCCGGACCCCGCCGACGUCAGCGCCUAACCGCCGCCUUACUGAAACGCCCUCGCGAAACCAACCUCGAAGCUCCUAUUCCCGCAAGAACCGACUUGGUCCCGCGAUACGAAAGCCUCAAUCAAUCAAUCGCUAGUCAACGAAGCCAUCAUGGCGUCAGUAUCGUCCUUAGACAAGGAUCUGCGCAAAUUGCGCCUCGACAAGUACACCCCGGCUGCUGCAAAGGAAGUCAGUAGUUGGAUCGAAGGAGUCUUGGGGGAAAGACUACCAGCAGGCGACCUGCUAGAGGGACUCAAGGAUGGCGUUGCGCUCUGCAAGUUGAUCAACCUCGCGAUACCACCACCAGGCGUCAAAUUCAAAAAGUCGGCCAUGCCAUUUGUUCAGAUGGAAAAUAUCUCUCACUUUCUACGCGCCUGCAAACAACCCCCUCUCAACCUCCAAGACCACGAUGUCUUCCUGACCGUCGACUUAUUUGAGCAAAAGGACCCUGCCCAAGUGCUGCAAUGCCUUGGCGCUUUCAGUCGAGCCGCCAACGCAGCGAACCCAGCCAAAUUUCCGUCAGCAAUCGGGAGCCGGAGCCGAGGAGGAGUGAUGAGCCCUCAAGGAACUGGUCGCGGAACCCCAUCGCCGACGAGAUCGCGCGGGUUCUCCAAUGCAUCAGGCUUCGGCUCGCCUCGGCCUACCCUUACCAGCGCCAAGACCGGAGACUCCGGCUCGGGUCGAUGGAGCCCGACUAAGCCAACUUCCCCGGUUACCAGCUGGAGCAGAAAGGAACACGAGGGCGCCACAUCCCCCGCUUGGAACAUUGCUCAGUACGGCUACAUGGGCGGCGCUAGCCAAGGAAACCUAGGAAUCUCAUUUGGAAGUCGGAGGCAGAUCACAAGUGCGGGUCCUGCAGUGCCUAGCCUGGCCGAGAAGGAGCGCGUGCGGAAGGAGAAAGAACUCGAGGAGGAGUAUCAGAGGCAACAGCAACAGCAAGAGGACGCAGAGAGACGUAAGAAAGUAGAGCUCGAACGCGAGGCUAUGCGAAAACAAGAAGAAGAGGAGCAACGACUGCUGAAAGUAAGGCAAGCGGAAGAGGAAGCGCAGGCAGAGAAGCUCGAGUGGGACAGGCAGGAAAAGGAAUGGCGAGCGAAAGACGAUGAUCGCCGCAAGAAGGAAGCUGAAGCUCAAGCUCGCUUGAACGAGGAACAAAGCCGUCUGAGGAGCAAAAGUGACGCACGACUGAGAGGUCAGUUUCUCAGCCAAUACAAGUCUGAGCAAAGCAUCAAAACACAGAAGACUGGAGCCGAUCGGAUUGCCGAGCUGGAGAGGGAGCUCGAAGAGGCGAGAGAGCGCGAAAGGCAAUAUGAAGUUGAACGCCAGGGACGGACGGGCAGGACACUGGCCGUCACCAACGAUCCCAAGGAACGUAUUCGGUCUAGGAGCCGGCCUUCCGACGGAACCCCUAGUCGUCAAGAUUCGUGGUCCAGAAAUGAGCGCGAGGUUCUCCAGACUGCAUGGCCACAGCAUCAAGACUCGCAUCAGGAUGAAGAGCCCCCCGCGCCGCCUCCCAGAUCCCCGAGACCUCUCCCUGACCCGAUGGCGGUUGCUUCACCUCCUCAAAAGGUUGUAGCGCACACGACGGGUGGCCGGCCCCUCCCGGAUCCUGCCGCUUAUCAAGCGGCUGCGCGGGCCCCACCUAGCCGAACUGACAGAUAUCUCAACAACAACGCGGCUCCUGCGCCAUUAGUCGCCAAGCAGACUUACUCACGCGAGCUUGGUGCUACUUCCGAGCAAGAUGGCGAGGACCGCCGGCGCGCUCAAAGCCAGAAUAAGACUAAGGCGGGUGGUUGGGCAUCAAAGUCGCUGCUUGAGCGAGAGAUGGAGAUGGAACGUGAACGCCAGCGUGAGUGGGAGGAGUCUCAAAAGGAGACAGCCAAGGCGGUCCCGAGCGGCAACGGAGUUGACGGUAUUGGCGGUGGCAUUGGAGGCCGCUGGGAUGUGAGCCAAUGGGCGGGAUAUACUGGCGGAGACAACCAGAACCGGGGUGCUCAGGGCAUCGGGGCGGGUCGUAGGCAGAUUGUCGGGCCCAGGCCGUUGCCCAAUCCUCCACGAUAAGAGGUUUUGUCAAAUAGAAGGUGGUCUUUACUGUUUCCUGAGCGUAGACAGGCGCCUAAUCCGCAUGAACCGGGCCUAGGGCGGUUAUGCAUGAUAGGAGUAUUGGCCUGGCAAUUACCGAUCUUGUAAUGAAGAGAACAUGCACAUAAACCUAACUGGUACCGAUCUACUAAAUGUG